GGCCUCCAACUGCUCACAAACGCCUUUCCUGCUUUGAAGCAUCUGGCAUUACGUGCCAUGCCACAUAUGGAUGAAGUCACACCAGACGGACACAGUGUAGCUAUAGCUUAUCUCGAAGAACUGGCCUCCAUCCCUGCUACGCUUCUCACGCCGACGCUGCAGACCCUUUCCUUGACCUGGCUAUCAAGUCGCCGUGGCUGUCUUCCUGGCCUCACCGUGCAAAAGCUUCGCACCAUUCGCCAGUCCAUCACGCAACGGUAUCCGACACUCAACGUGCUUGGUGUUGACGCGGGCUCUUUUGCGCUCAGAUGGGAGCGAAAUCGGAAUUGGGGUCGCCAGGAGGAAUACGGCACAGAUCAAGAUGACGGCCUACAUCUUAGGCAUAUUCGUGAUCGUCUCGACAAUAUGUGGGAGGAUAUUGAGGUGGCAGAAGAGUUGAAAGGCAGGGAAAGCACUUAA